CACUCACUUCCUUCCCCUUCUGACACAACACCGCAUCGCCACCGUUCUCGUGAGUCGACGGUGUGGGAGAACACGACUUGUACUGCACGUGGAAGCAAGAUCAAUCCAGAAAGAAUAGAGUUGUAGUGAUGGUGGAAGAAAGUGGCAAGAGGAAGAGACCAAACAUUCUGGUGACUGGGACACCAGGGACAGGAAAGACAACCAUGUCUAUGGCUUUAGCAGAAGCCACACAGCUCCGCCACAUCAAUGUUGGGGAAUUGGUCAAAGAGAAGAACUUGCAUGAUGGCUGGGAUGAUGAGCUUGAUUGUUAUGUUCUUAAUGAAGACUUGGUCUGUGAUGAACUUGAGGAUGUUAUGGAAGAGGGGGGGAACAUUGUGGACUAUCAUGGCUGCGAUUUCUUUCCUGAGCGAUGGUUUGAUUGUGUGGUUGUGCUUCAAACUGAUAACACCAUUUUGUAUGACCGUUUGAGCAGGAGGGGGUACAAUGAUUCAAAGCUUUCCAACAAUAUUGAAUGUGAAAUCUUUCAAGUUCUGCUUGAGGAGGCUAAAGAAAGUUACCCGGAGGACAGAGUGGUUGCAUUGAAGAGUGAUACUAUUGAAGACAUUAAUAGAAAUGUUGCAACUCUGACAGAUUGGGUCAGAAAUUGGCCUUCCCCGUCCUAGUCAUAACAAAAAAAUAAAAAUAAAAAUGAGUGCUUUGUACAUACUGGGUUGUGAGAGUAUAAGUAAAAGUAUUGUGGGUUUCAUGAUGAACUGAUACCUGGACCUGCAAUGUUGUUGAAUUACCUCUUCUUACAAAUUUAGGUGUGGCAUGUACUUUGAGAUAUUUAUAUUAUGGGUUUUAAAUUUGAUAACCAAAAGAAUUUUCAACUUUUACUAAAUUU